CCUUCCUCUCUCUCACUUCAGGAGGAGGAACAAGAAGAGGGCAGUUUAGUUUUGGACUGGCAGCAGCAAGCUCGAGCCCCGCUCAGGGCAAAGGGAAAAGGAAAAAAAAAAACCCCAACUUCCUCACUUUUUUUUUUAUAAGAAAGGGAAUGAAUCACAUUUCACUUGAAGUUGUUUGCACCAUAACCGGUUUUGAGGAGGCGGUGAGGCGCGGCGGUGGAGAGGAGCACACAGCAGCAGCAGCGGCGGCGGCAGCAGCGCCAAACUCACAAUGCGCCCUGAGUGAGCAGAGCAGAGGCAGGGAGACAAUACACACAGAUCCCCGGGCUCACUGAGGAGCUGCGACCUCUCAUCUGGGCUCCGCUUUCUGUGAAACUCCAACAAACGCGCUCCGGAGUGGCUUUUCUCCGCUUUACGGCUCAUCUAUUCAUUUGACUGAGAGAGAGAAAAGAAACUGACUUCACUACGAGGACAAGUGGUUUGAUCCCCAAACUCAGCCAUGACGUCUCCAGCCAAAUUCCGAAAGGACAAGGAGAUCGUGGCCGAAUAUGAAACUCAAGUUAAAGAGAUCCGUGCCCAGCUGGUGGAGCAGCUCAAGUGUCUGGACCAGCAGUGCGAGCUGAGGGUGCAGCUGCUGCAGGACCUGCAGGACUUCUUCAGGAAGAAGGCCGAGAUCGAGAUGGACUACAGCCGCAACCUGGAGAAGCUGUCCGAGAGGUUCCUCACCAAGACCCGCAGCACCAAAGACCACCUGCUAAAGAAGGAGCAGAGCAUCCUGUCUCCGGUGAACUGCUGGAACCUGCUCCUGCUGCAGGUGAAGAGGGAGAGCCGGGACCGCGCCACGCUGUCCGACCUUUACCUCAACAACAUCAUCCCCCGGUUUGCACAGAUCAGCGAGGAUUCGGGACGCCUCUUCAAGAAGAGCAAAGAGGUUGGCGUCCAGCUGCAAGAGGACCUGAUGAAAGUUCUCAAUGAGCUCUAUACGGUGAUGAAGACGUACCACAUGUACAACACCGACAGCAUCAACGCCGAGUCCAAGCUGAAGGAGGCGGAGAAGCAGGAGGAGAAGCAGAUGGGGCGCUCCAGUCGGCAGGACGACCGUCAGACGCCGCGCUCCCCCGACACGCUGGCCAGCAUCAAGACCGACGAGAAACCCGUCCGGCGCUCCAGCGUCAAAAAGAUCGAGAAGAUGAAGGAGAAGAGACAAGCAAAGUACACGGAGAACAAGCUGAAAGCCAUAAAGGCCAGGAACGAGUACCUGCUGGCGCUGGAGGCCACCAACAGCUGCGUCUUCAAAUAUUACAUCCACGACCUUUCCGACAUCAUCGACUGCUGCGACCUGGGAUACCACGCCAGCCUGCACCGCGCCCUGAGGACCUACCUGUCUGCGGAGCAGAACGUGGAGACGUCCAAACACACUGGCCUGGAGACGCUGGAGGGGGCGGCGGAGAGUCUGGAGCCCAACGGCGACAAGCAGAAACUGAUGGAGACCUACAACAACGUCUUCUGCCCGCCGGCUCGCUUCGACUUCCAGUCCCACAUGGGAGACACGGUGGGGGUGGUGUGUGCACAGCAGCCGCUGGAAAGCGAGCUGCUCCAGAGGUGCCAGCAGCUGCAGUCCCGCCUCUCCACGCUCAAGAUCGAGAACGAAGAGGUGAAGAAAACCAUGGAGGCCACUCUGUCCACCAUCCAGGACAUGGUGACGGUGGAGGACUACGACGUCUCCGAGUGCUUCCAUCACAGCAACAGCAUGGAGUCGGUCAAGUCCACCUUCAGUGAGUCCUAUCUCAGCAAGCCCAGCCUGGCCAAGCGGCGGGCCAAUCAGCAGGAGACGGAGCAGUUUUACUUCACAAAGCUCAAGGAGUUUCUGGAAGGCAGGAACCUGAUCACCAAGCUGGAAGCCAAGCACGACCUCAUCGACAAGACCCUGGGAGAGAGUCAGAAGACCGACUGUUGCCUUGCCAGUGGAAGGAGAAACUCUUCAGUACGGAAACAGGACUCGGGUGAAGCCAUUCCCCUCAUGGUGGAGAGCUGCAUCCGCUUCAUCAGCCGCCACGGUCUGCAGCACGAAGGGAUCUUCAGAGUGUCGGGCUCUAAAGUGGAAGUCAACGACAUUAAGAACGCCUUUGAGAGAGGUGAGGACCCUCUGGCAGGGGACCAGAACGACCACGACAUGGACUCCAUCGCCGGCGUGCUGAAGCUGUAUUUCAGAGGGCUGGACCACGCGCUCUUCCCAAAGGAAGUCUUCCAUGACCUCAUAUCCUGCGUCUCCAUGGAGAGCCUGCAGGAACGGGCGGUCCACAUCAAGAAAAUCCUGCAGUCCCUGCAAAGUAAAACUCUCAUCAUCAUGAGAUACCUGUUUGCCUUCCUCAACCACCUGUCUCAGUACAGCGAGGAGAACAUGAUGGACCCCUACAACCUGGCCAUCUGCUUCGGCCCCACCCUGAUGUCUGUGCCCGAGGGCCACGACCAGGUCUCCUGCCAGGCCCACGUCAACGAGCUGAUCAAGACCAUCAUCAUCCACCACGACGCCAUCUUUCCGGGGCCGCAGGACCUGCCGGGCCCCGUCUACACCGUCCCCGGAGCGGGAGAGGAGUUCUGCGACAGUCCGCACUGUGAGCCCCCCCUUGUGGAGGAGCCGGCACCUGACACCAUCUCCGUCAGCCACAACAGUGAAGACGGCUCCUUGGCUGUUUCAGAGUGCGACCCCAUAGAGGCCAUCGCCCGGUUCGACUACACCGGCCGCACCAGCAGGGAGCUGUCGUUCAAGAAGGGCGCGUCGCUGCUUCUGUACCAGCGAGCGUCCGACGACUGGUGGGAGGGGCGGCACAAUGGAGCGGACGGACUGGUGCCGCACCAGUAUAUUGUCAUCCCAGACACGCCUGACGUGGGACGGGGAAGUCCGAAGCCCGACGUGGACAGCAGGGAUCUGCUGGAGGAGCGGGUGUCCACCAGAGGCAGCGCCGCCUCCCCCACCGGGGCCCACGUGGCCGACAUCUAUCUGGCCAACCUGAACAAGCUGAGGAAGCGGCCCGAGUCCGGCAGCAUCCGCAGAGCCUUCCGUUCGGAGAGCGACAGCACGAGUCCAGGAACCAGCGGAGGAGGCGUGAGGACGGCGUCACUUCCUGUCGGCGGGGCGCUGGUCAAAGAGGCAGGAGACAAACGACCAGUCAGCGCACACAGCAUCCUCAACUCAGUCACUCGCCACUCCUCGCUCAAGGCCAAGGUGGAAAGUCCACAGCUCCGAAAGUCGACUCCAGCAGGACGCUCCAAGAGCUUCAGCAACCACCGACCGCUGGACCCCGAGGUGAUCGCCCAGGUGAGGCGCCGCUCAGAGCUGCUGGUCACAUUUCAGGGACGUGCUCGUCUCUCAUCAUGUCCGCCUCUCGUGUUGCAGGACAUCGACACGUCCAGGAGCGAGCUCAGCAAGCUGGAGCUGCAGGGCACGCCCAAACACACGCACACGCCUGACGUGGUCCUGGACACGCUGGAGCAGCUGAAAGGUGUGUGUGGCGGCGGCGGCGGAGGAGGAGGGGGAGGGGGCGGGGCCUCAGAGCCCUCCAGUCCCCUUCACUCCCGCCUGUUGCGGGACAGCGAGGGGGGCUCCUCGCACGCCCAUCCGCUGCAGCGCAGCGCCUCCUCCGCCAGCGACGUGCCCUCGUCCUUCCGCCCCGCCAAGAGCCAGCCGCGGAGCCCGCUGCCCUCCGCCACCUCCCCCUCCCUGUCCUCCUCCUCCCUCUCCUCGUCCGUACCGUCUUUCAGAGAGCUGCGCCCUCCGGCGACGAGGCCCAAGCCCGUGGUGUUCCCAAAGAGCGGAGGAGGGAGCGGGAGUCCGGCCAUGGGCUCUCCGACCUCCACCGUCCCCCCGACGCCCCCGCCUCCGCCAGCAGGCUACACGCACUCGCUCCCUCACACCCCUCCUCCUCCACCACCGCCCCAGUCUAACGACAAGUCCUGCCCAGCCUAGUUCUCCUCAGUCCGCCCUGCAGCACAGAUCCCUUCAGACUCUACAUCCUCACAGCUCUUUCACCAGGUGCCACAAGCACCUGCUUUGUUUCACACGGGAAACCUGCUAACACACGACUCACCUGUAGCAUCCACUCACUGGUGUGCGGGCAACUUCUUCACACAAGACGUUUUCCCUUUUAGUGUCCGGUGUGUGUUUUUUUUUUUUUUUUUUUUUUACUGCCCUUUCCCGGCAGCUCUGCUUUAAUAUAGGUCAACUAUCAAAGGGCAAACACCUCUUCUUUCUUCUUGCCGUCACAGAGAUUCAAGAGAUCGCUGGAUUUUCCAAUCUUUUGAGAAGGGAACAGGACUCAGGACGGACACUGACAGGUCUGCAGCGCCUGGAGCGAACAUAAUACUAGCUUGUGAUGUAUGAAUUUUCAGUGGGUGUGCAAGAGUGUUACUUGCCUUUAUACACAAAGCUUUGUGAGGAACAAAAAGCACUGUUUGGUUUUGUAUAGUAGACAUGACAGUUGUUUUUUUUUUUAUCUUUUUUUUUUUAAAUGACCCCAUGACUAGCAGACCAGGUGGGAGUGUUUGGUUUCUGAGAAUAGACUGUGAAAUGCUAAACUCUCACUCUGUAGGAAUAAAACACACUGACUUGCUGCUUCAGAGGAGUCAAAGGUGGACUUUUGUGAUGAUAAAAGAAAACUGGGCCAAAUAUCAGUGUCAGUCAUGUGAUCAAGAGCUUUACUUUAUCUCUUCCUCCAGUGUUUGAUAUGUUUUGUGAUUAUUUUUUUUUAAAUUGCCAUUUAGUACUAGCACCACGAUAGGAGCAGCAAACAACACAUGCCUGACUCGGCCAACAAAAGGCAGAAAUUCAUCUGAAUCGUUUGGUUUUCAAAGCGUGGGGCACUUCUCCUAUUGGGGGAUCAGGGGACCAUCCCAUACUUAGAAAACCACUGAUCUCAAAGCAAUACAAAUAAGGAAAGCUGGCAGUUUGUGGCAUUAUUCGGCUUUUCUCCUCUCCUCCUAUGGGAGACCACUGAAGCCCAGCAUUCUCACGUGUAAUGUUGGACUGCGCGUGCACACACACGCACACAUUUUCUUUAAAUGUGUGUGUCGGCGGUGUUUUGUGGCAGCUAAACGUCUUUCAGGUUUUCCUUGCAUGCUGGGGCCUUUGACAGCAGCUACAAUAGACAAACUGGCUGAUUGCAUCACUUCCUCUAUCUGCAGUACCAGCUAUCGGUCAGCUUCCUAAAAAAACAAAGUAAAAAGUUAUGUAUUGCUCCUAUACACUAUAUACUUCAGACUUAACAGUAAAUAAAGGGGUUUGAUUCUUCUAAUACUGUGUUAUGUAUAUUUAAUAACCAUGAUGAUAACUGGAAGCAUGGAGCUGAGGAUUCUCCUGUGUUUCGAUAAAAGCACAACCAACCACCUCAUCUGAUGCGUUCUCAAGCAAACUAUGUUUUUACUUUGUGUUCUUUUUCCCAGUUAAUGCUCAAAAUCUGUUAUGGUGUGUAUAUAUGGAGUUUUGUAACCCUCUGUGUGUAUGCAUGUGUGUGCGCCUGUGUGAGCAUGCAUGGAUAAAGGAGUAUGAAUGCAACUCUCCCAAACUGACAUCGUCUUUUAAGCGGAAGCCACCCGACAGCAGCCAUCUGGAGGCUGGAAGGAAAAACACUUUUCCCGUGCUCCUGAGUACCAGCAGCCUUAGUGCUGAGAAGUAUAUGCACUGUACACAUGUGACCAUAUGAAAAAGCCUGCAGGGAUUCCUGAAAUGUCUUGUCCUCAGUGAGUGUUGCAGCAGACCAGCAUCGACUAGAAAUAAGAUGAGCAAACCCAAAUCAAAUGACUUCAACUUUUCCUGGUCUGAGAUUCUUUAAUAUUUAGUUUUUGCAAAGUUAGAUUUGGUGGUGAAUUUAACAAAAAAUGUAAUAAGUGGACAAUUUUAUAAACGCAAACUAAAAUGAUGUGUGAUUGAGGUUCAACUCAACGAGAGGCUUUUUUUAUUUUUUAACCUGUUUUUAAAGGAAAAAAAAAAGUGAUGAACUGGCUUUAUACAUGUGUCUUUUAGCCUUCUGCUUGAUCUCCCUAAAAAUGCAACACAUACUGCGUUCCUGUAUGCUCUCAUCCAGGUAAUGAAUUGUAAUUAAGGGUUUUAUUAAAGAUUUCUCUGUAUACUGUUGGUGUAAUACCUGGUGUAUUCGUGUUGCUCUUACCUCAUCGUUCCAACUGGAGGGGGACUGUACCUGUGUGUGUUUGUGGUGCAGAGCAAGCGCUCACACAGACAGGCGUGUGGGUGGUUGGGUCAUUGUUUCCCGGUUGUGCUGUCUUGGGGAGCUGGGACCCUCUUCGAUUUCAAAUCAAUCAUCGUGCACUUGAACAACUUGGCUUGCAUGUGGACUAACUGUGUGGGGAUGAUAUGUUUGAGUUGAAUAUUGUUAAAUAUGCAUUUUUGUGUCCAUUUGAAAACAGCUGAACUAAAAAAAAAAAAUGACUGUAAUGUCAAAUCUAUUUAUAGUUGUCUCUGUAUUA